AGUGCUGGAGGCUGCGGGGCUGCUGUGUGCUGUGGGAAGUUCCUGAGAGUGCAGAGUGGCAGUCACUCACAGAGAGACACUUGUACAGAAAGUGGACCGGCGCUCUUUCACGGAAGGAUAUAAAACGUAGUCUCACACCUCUGCCUCUUUGCACGGGUGCGUUCGUUGUGGCUGCGCCUCAGGGAUUUGAAGGAGGCGGGCGACCGGGGUUGGUGCUGGAGUGAUGGUGGUGGUGUGGCUGCCUCAGGAGUGCGCCUGGCAGGCUGUUCUCCUGGUGACUGGACUAGCAUCACUGAGCCGUGGCUCUGAUGCCAACAUGUUGGACACCAUGCUGCUGAAGAACGGAUGGAAGGGGGGAUCGGAGCGGAAGGCAGAGGAGAGCAGCAGUACAGCCACAGUUUCAGCUCAGAACAUGCUGUGGUGUCACUGCUACCACCACUGUCCCGAGGACUCUGUCAACAACACUUGCAUGACUGAUGGUUACUGCUUCACCAUGGUGGAGGAGGAGGAGGGGGGUCUGGCCGUACUCACUGCAGGUUGUUUGGGUCUUGCCGGCUCCGAGUUCCAGUGCAGAGACACGGGGAAUGCACGGUCGAGGAGAGCUCUGGAGUGUUGCACGGAUCAGAAUUAUUGCAACAGAGACUUGCAUCCCACUCUUCCUCCACUCAUGACAUCAGAUUACGUUGACAGCAGCAUCCAAUACAUGGCCCUCUUCAUUUCAAUCAUAGUCUGCCUCAUCAUCCUCGUCUUUAUCCUCGUCUUCUGCUACUUCAGAUAUAAGCGGCAGGAGUCACGACCACGCUACAGUAUCGAUCUGGAGCAGGAGGAGACCUACAUCCCCCCCGGGGAGUCCCUGAAGGACCUGAUUGAGCAUUCCCGUAGCAUCGGGUCUGGUUCUGGGUCAGGACUCCCUCUACUGGUACAGCGCACCAUCGCCAAGCAGAUUCAGAUGGUUAAGCAGAUUGGAAAAGGGCGAUAUGGAGAAGUCUGGAUGGGCAAGUGGAGAGGAGAGAGAGUGGCUGUUAAAGUCUUCUUCACCACAGAGGAAGAGAGCUGGUCCAGAGAGACUGAAAUAUACCAGACCUUCCUGAUGAGGCAUGAUAAUAUACUGGGAUUCAUAGCAGCAGAUAUCAAAGGAACUGGCUCAUGGACUCAGCUCUACCUUAUUACAGACUACCACGAGAAUGGAUCUUUAUAUGACUACCUCAAGUCCAACACCUUAGAUGUUAAAGCUCUGCUGAAACUGGCCUAUUCGUCCAUAUCAGGCCUCUGUCACCUGCACACAGAAAUCUAUGGCACACAGGGCAAAACAGCCAUCGCACACAGAGACCUGAAGAGUAAAAACAUCUUGGUAAAAAAGAACGGUUUCUGCUGUAUAGCUGACCUUGGACUGGCUGUCAAGUUUAACAGGGACACCAAUGAGGUGGAUAUUCCUGCCAACCUACGAGUUGGUACGAAGCGCUACAUGCCACCUGAAGUGCUGGAAGAGACCCUGAACAGAACCAACUUCCAGUCUUUUAUAAUGGCUGACAUGUACAGUUUUGGCCUCAUCAUUUGGGAGAUGGCCCGACGUUGCAUCUCUGGAGGCAUUGUGGAGGAGUACCAGCUGCCCUAUCACGACCUUGUGCCCACUGAUCCGUCCUAUGAAGACAUGAGAGAAGUCGUCUGCAUUAAGAAACAAAGACCUUCAUUUGCUAAUCGCUGGAGCAGUGAUGAGUGUCUACAGCAGAUGGGAAAACUGAUGUCCGAGUGCUGGGCUCACAACCCGGCCUGUCGCCUCACAGCCCUGAGGGUGAAGAAGACCCUGGCGAAGAUGUUAGAGACCCAAGACAUCAAACUGUGACAGAGCACUAAGAGAGAUGCUCUCCUCACCAGAGACUUGUCACUGCCACUGGCAUAGCGCCACUUACACUGGCUAAUAGAAGAAAGGGAAGAAAACAGACUGUGAACGAUAGGACAAAGGAAACUGACAGCGAGGAUGAGUGAUGGAGGUAACGGUUGACAGGGAGCCAGAAAAAUGAGAGGCAAAAGAUUUAUUAUGUCAGGGGAGAUCUGCCUUCCCGUCGUCUGAGCCGCCUAUGCCUCAGACCAAUGUUCAUGUGGUGCUUUCUGUGAAAGCUGAUCGGUUGUCGGGUCCAGACUGUCCAGGUGGGCAGGUGGACGGGGACCCUUGCAGGAGAGGAGCACUAAAAUCUCUGUGAUUAGUUUAAAACAGAGGGAGCUCCUGCUCUGUCCCUCUAAAGCCAUAUAGCAGUAUUCUAUGUGCAGUCUUUUGAACUGUCACAGCUGCCUUUGUGUUUCUUCUUUGACUCAGUCACGGUCAUUCAUCCAUAGUGACUGUCAUCCAUCCAAAGGAAUUCAUGCUCAGUGACCUCAUUGUCAAUGAUAUUAUUAUAAUUAUUAUUAUUGUUAUUAUUACAGAACAAAGCAGAGUAAGACUAAAUUAAUGAUAAAACAUGUCAAGCACAAACAGAUUUUUCGAUAUAGUAUUCCUAUAUACAUUUAAUUUUGAUAUUAAAACAAGACCUCUGUGCGGAAGACUUGAGAGGCAAAAAAAGGUGAGAAAAACAAAAUUCUGGUGAUGCAUUUUCUAGUCUGAUCUUAACUGUUUUCUCUCCUGUGUUUAUGACUUAAGAACAGGUGAAAUACAAGGAUAGUCUUGUUUUUUUUUGUUUUAAGUUUUAGGUUUUAGAAGUUGUUGUUUCUUUGUCAGGAUCAACAACAUUUAUUUUUCUAUGUGUUUGUUGUUGAGGCUGAAAUGCCACACUACGCUAUGUUCUAAAUAGGACUGAGAUGAAACCUUUAAAGCUUUCAGUCCUAUUUAGAGCAAGGGGCAACUUUACAACAACAAACACUGGAUUUGAGACAUCGAUCAGACUAAGAACACUGAUCACCACAAUGUUUUUUCUCUCUUACCUUUCUGGGCUUCCGUACCUCCGCUUAAAACGCUUCUCAUUGAUGAAGUUGUGAACUUAGGUUGUCCUAUAGAGCCGAGACCAAGGCUUUGCUCUCCCUCAUUGUCUCCUCUUACCAAUUCAUUUGUACAUAAUUGAGCUGAGAUCUAUUGAUAAUUAUUGUCUUGCUGGAUGUUUAAAUGUGUUUUGGAUGAUUUAUCUGUGUACAGAAUAUGUCCCGUCCACUCUACCACUAUGGCAUGUGCCUUAUUUAAUCUGUACAUAUGUGAUUAAUGAGUGUAUGAGUGGAUCUGGAUAACAUUCCCUAAUAAAAAAGACUGUGUCUCUGCAA